UUGUCCCGGCACCCCCGCCACAUCACACGGUGUGUCGUUGCCAUUCGGUUGGCACCGCGCUUUGCCACAACAUUGAUAUUUUCGUUCUUUUUUGGUUAUUUUUAAGAACCCAUCGGUGAAGAGCGACGAUAAGUUUAAUUUUGUAGCUUUAUUUUUAUUUCUUUUACUAUACGUUUAAUUGCAAUGUUUCAUUCGCUGCUAAUUUCCAAUUAGGCACGAUAGAGAGUGAGAGACCGGUCGCGGGGGUGUUUGAAGCUGGUGACUGAUUUUGGUGACUCGAAAAGGCUGGUCCGAUAUCGAUGGCGCACGAUUGGCAUUCAGCCAGAGCCUUAAAUAGCAACUAAAGACUGGAUUAGUGUUUUAUGGUUUUGGACGGUGCGUUCCUAGAAAUCGAAAUUUUACCGCUAAAGCGGAAGCGACGAAAGACAAAAAUAGCCUACCCGCCGCAAAUAUGGCCUUGCUGGUAUUUUUGAUUGCAGCUGCCCACUGCGUCUACACGCCGUUCACGAAAGUGGAGGAGAGCUUUAAUCUGCAGGCGAUCCAUGAUUUGUUGUACCAUCGGUGGAACAUAACGGAGUAUGAUCACCUGGAAUUUCCGGGUGUUGUUCCACGCAGUUUUCUCGGACCACUGUUCGUAACGUUCCUAGUGACGCCGGUCGCAACGGUGCUUGAUUAUUUCGAGGUGAACAAGUUUUGGAUGCAGUACGUCGUCCGCUUCGCCCUGGCAGCCACCGUCGUUUUCGCCUGGGACAAACUUCGCGUAACAAUCCACAAACGGCUCGGUGUUUCCGUUUCGCUGUGGUACAUCCUGAUCACCAUCACCCAGUUCCACUUUAUGUUCUACAUGAGCCGUCCACUGCCAAACAUCAUGGCUCUCCCGUUGGUCCUGCUUGCGGUAAACUAUUGGCUCACUCGCAGUAUGAAACUGUUCAUCAUCUGCUCCGGAGCGGCCAUCAUAAUCUUCCGGGCGGAACUCGCCAUGCUUCUGGGUCUGUACCUACUGUACGACCUGUACUAUAAACGUGUGAAACUGGACGUGGUUCUGAAGGCCGCUAUUCCAGCCGGAAUCGGACUAAUACUGCUAACCGUCGCCGUGGAUAGCUUCUUCUGGCGUCGACCAGUGUGGCCGGAAGCAGAAGUCUUCUGGUUCAACACCGUGCUGAACAAGAGCUCCGAUUGGGGAACUUCACCCUUUUUGUGGUACAUCUAUUCGGCUCUUCCUCGAGCCAUGGGACUUUCGAUCCUGUUUGUCCCCGUCGGACUGGCACUGGAGACCCGGAUAAGAGCACUGGUUAUUCCGGCCGUGGUGUUCAUACUACUCUUCUCGAUGCUGCCGCACAAGGAACUGCGGUUCAUCAUCUACGUGUUUCCGCUGCUGAACGUGGCAGCGGCCUGUGCCUGCAGUAGAAUCUGGAACAAUCGAAAAAAGACAUUACUAACCAAAUUCCUAUCGUUCGUCGCCAUCGGACAUCUGCUAGGGAAUGCAUUUCUAACCAUGUUCCUGCUGCUGGUGGCAGGAACCAACUAUCCCGGUGGAGUCGCUAUAUCGAGAUUCCACCGGCUUGCGGCAGGCGAAGCCAAUGUCACCGUUCAUAUCGACGACCUGGCCGCACAGAGCGGUGUCUCCCGCUUUUCACAAAUUAAUCCUGAUUGGAGUUACAGCAAAGAGGAGCGGCUCGUUCCGGGCGAUUACCGGUUGCACCGGUUCGACUAUCUGCUAACGGAAGCCCGGGACAAGUACUCGGAUGAGAUGCGGUUGCUUAGCCAAACACACGAAAUUCUUGAGUUCGUCGAAUGUUUCAACAGUAUCGGGUUGCAGUACCGGUCCGUGCUGCCGGUGAAAAUCAAAACGAAACCCUGUGUUUUUAUCAUGCACCGUAGGAGCGAAGUCGACGUUGAUAGGAUACGGUUGAACUUUGAGGAUGUGCUCGAAACGGACUCGGUUGGGGGGAGUGGAUCGCUAAGCGAUCCGGAGUUUCCGACGUUUGAAAUCGUCGGAAAGGAAGAUGAGGAGGAGGAAGACGGCGAAGAGGAAGAAACUGAACUAGACGAAGAAGAGGAGGAACGCGAAGAAAUUGACGAAGCCGAAGAAGACGGCUCUGAAGAGAACACCCCCGAAGAGGAAAAUCAAGAGGAGGAAGCUGAUGGCGAUUCAGAGGAUCUGGUUGUUGACCAACCAGAACCGGAGGAGAAAAAACUUCCCAAAUUCAGGAAAAUUCGUAGCAAAGAAUUCACAACCCGCAAACCAGUACAGCCGGUACAAAAACUAUCCAAAGGCCGACUAAGAAUUCGGGAAAUUUUGGAAGAAAACGCCCAUCUUUUAAACGACGACGAGGGAACCGAAACACAGGAGGAAAAGCGUGCCAAAGUGGCUUCCUAUCUGGAACGGGCAACGUCGGCUUCCCUGGAGCUAAAAGCAGCCGCCGCGGCUCAAAGGGUUCUCAAAGAGGAGAAGCUAAAACAACUGACCAGUGAGCUUGCCAAGCUGGACUUUAGCGAUCUGUGCAAUCUGGAUCGGAUGUCGUCGCGGGAGUGUUUGAAGAAGAUUAUCGACGAGCAGUACGACGCGGAUGAGGAUGCCAGCGUCGAACGGGAUGGCGGAUGAAAGUUGUUUUGAUUAAAAUUGUUUGUAAAUACAUCGUUUGACGUUACUAGCAGUUGUUUGAAGGAAUAAUUGCGGAAUCUCAGUUCUGGGAAUUGAAUUUUUGAAAAGUAAUAAAUAAAAGUUGUUUCUUUUCUUUCAA